AUGGAAACGCAAAAUCUAACAUUGUUGAAUGAAUUCGUUCUCAUGGGGAUUACAAACCACCCUGAGCUGCAUGCUCCAUUAUUUGGGCUCUUCCUCAUCAUCUAUAUGAUCUCAGUGGUGGGCAACUUGGGCAUGAUCAUCCUCACCAAGGUGGACUCCAGUCUACAAACACCCAUGUACUUCUUUCUCAGGCACCUGGCUUUCACUGAUCUUGGUUAUUCAACAACUGUAGGACCCAAAAUGUUAGUAAAUUUUGUUGUAGCUCGAAAUACAAUCUCCUAUUAUUUUUGUGCUAUACAACUAGCUUUCUUUCUUGUGUUUAUUGUUAGUGAAAUUUUUAUUUUAUCGGCAAUGUCUUAUGACCGUUAUGUGGCUAUCUGUAACCCUCUGCUCUAUCCAGUCAUCAUGUCACAAAGAAUAUGUCAGCUGCUGGUGGCAAUCCCCUAUCUCUACAGCACAUUUGUUUCUCUUCUAGUCACUAUAAAGAUUUUCAAUUUAUCUUUCUGUGGCUACAAUGUCAUCAGUCAUUUCUACUGUGACAGUAUCCCGUUGUUAUCUUUGCUCUGCUCAGAUACACAUGAAAUUGAAAUGAUUAUUCUGAUUUUAGCUGGUUUUGAUUUAAUUUCAUCUCUUCUGAUAGUUCUUGUGUCUUACCUGCUCAUACUUGGGUCCAUUCUUAGGAUGAACUCCGCCGAGGGUAGACACAAGGCUUUUUCUACCUGUGGAUCCCACCUGACUGUAGUCAUAGUAUUCUAUGGGACUUUGAUAUUUAUGUAUGUGCAACCUAAGUCCAGUCAUUCCUUUGACAGUGAUAAAGUGGCUUCUAUAUUUUACACUCUUGUCAUCCCCAUGUUGAAUCCCUUGAUCUAUAGCUUGAGGAACAAAGAUGUAAAAUGCGCACUACAAAGGGUAUGGAAAAAACUAUAUAAUCUUUUUUCUUAA